AUGGCCCAAAUUCGCGGCACCGCGGGCUACAAUCUCGGCCACCAGAACCCCUUCGGCGGGCCUGGACGAGCAGAUGCCACGAGCGACCCGAGUCCACUGGAUGCGAUCCGGGAACAAACAAGCAAGAUUGAGGAUUGGCUGGAUACAAUCUCGGAUCCUGUGAAGCCAUAUCUCCCUGCCAUUGGCCGUUUCCUCAUCGUGGUGACCUUCAUCGAGGAUAGCAUACGUAUCCUCACGCAAUGGAGCGAUCAGCUCCUCUACCUCCGUGACUACCGGAAGAUCCCCUGGGGAAUCACACAUACCUUCCUCAUCUUCAACGUCAUCGCCAUGUCUGUCUGCUCGUUCCUGGUCAUCAGCCGCCGUCACACCGAAAUCGCCGUCGCGGGUCUUCUCGGAGUCGUCGUCACGCAAGGUCUCGGCUACGGUUUGAUCUUUGAUCUCAACUUCUUCCUGCGCAACCUCAGCGUUGUCGGCGGUCUCCUCAUGGUCCUGUCCGACUCGUGGGUCCGCAAGAAGUUCGUCCCCGCCGGCCUGCCCCAGUUGGACGAGAAGGACCGCAAGAUGUACGUCCAGUUUGCGGGUCGCGUGCUGCUCAUCUUCCUCUUCGUCGGCUUCGUCUUCUCCGGGCAGUGGAGCUUGUGGCGCGUGCUGGUGAGCUUGUUCGGUUUCAUCGCCUGCGUCAUGGUCAUCGUCGGUUUCAAGGCCAAGUGGAGCGCCAUUAUCCUCGUCGUGCUGCUGAGUGUCUUCAAUGUGCUCGUCAACAACUUCUGGACACUGCACCCUCACCACCCCCACAAGGACUUCGCCAAGUACGACUUCUUCCAGAUCCUGUCCAUCGUUGGCGGCCUUGUCCUCCUGGUCAACAUGGGCCCCGGCCAACUCAGCAUGGACGAGAAGAAGAAAGUCUACUAA